AUGGCCUCGGCGUUCAGAAGAUUUCUCAAUAGCGAAACGGGACCUAGAACGGUCCAUUUUUGGGUAGGCGCCAACGACAUGGUUAGACCUGUCGAGAAAGUGUCGGGAAGUCAGCAGCUUGCGCUGUUGGCAACGGGUGCAAUCUGGACGAGAUGGUCGUUUGUGAUUCGCCCGCAAAAUAUGCUGCUGGCCUCCGUUAAUUUCCUGCUCGGUACGGUCGCCGGAUACCAGGUGAUCCGGCUCUACAACUGGAGAAGAACACUGGGCGACUCUCCGUUGGACUCCUUCAAGUACAUCCUCAACGGAACGCCCGAACCAGCGAAAUCAGAAGCUUAA